UUAAAUCUCCAACAAACCCUCUUGAUUAGCAACCAAAUCCGCCCGUGUUAUCUUAUCACACGCAACCACUCCACGCCAAACAAACAGAACCGCACAGCCAUCCACCUCCGUGGUACUCGUCGCCCAAACCCUACUGCCCAGCCGAAUCCCCUUCAUACUUCCCGCUGCCCGGCCGCGAGAUUCCUUGAAUCGCCGCUAAUCCGAACGGCCGGGAGCGUCGGAUCAAGUCCCGCGAUAUUUGAUUCUUGCGCAAAUCUCUCUGCUGCCAUGGCCGAGCUUUUGGCUUCUUGGGCCGCUGAGGAGCGGUGGAUGUAUCCAGCCUUCCUGUCCAUGUACGCUGUCAUCUACUGUGUCGGCCAACUGGGCUUGUUCCGGCGUUGGGAGUGGAGGCACCGGCUGGACGGCGCCAGCUGCCUCAUCUCACUCGCGCACGGCUCCGCUGCCGCGUUCGCGGCGGUCGCAGCCAUCGCCGCGCAGCCGGCGGGGAACCGGGGUUUCGCGGCUCCCAAUUCCCGCAUCCAGGACCACGUCCUCGACUACAGUAUCGCCUACUUCACCAUGGACCUGCUCCACUAUCUCGCCUUCCUUCCCGGGGACAUCCUCUUCAUCGCCCACCACCUCGCCACGCUUUUUGUCUUCUUCACCUGUCGCUACGUCGUCUACCAUGGUGCAUACGCACUCCUCGUCCUGCUCUUUCUCGCCGAGGUCACCAGCCUCCUGCAGAAUGUGUGGACACUCGCCGGGAUCUGGCGAACCGAGGUUCCUGCGGCUGCAAGGGUGUAUAACACUCUGUCGCCACCGUUCUAUGUGCUAUACACCAUUGUCAGGGGUGUCGCGGGACCGCUCUUCUUCCUCAAGAUGAGCCUGUUCUAUCUGUCUGGCCAGGCUGUUGAUCUCAUCCCGUGGUGGGUGCGCGUAUCUUGGAUCAUUGUCGUCGGCGCUGCUAUCACGGUGAGCAACUUUUGGAUUUGGAAUCUUUGGAAGACACUUUUUAAGGAAAGGAAGCAGAGCAUUGGAAAAAAAGACACAUAGUAGAAUACCUAUUAGUGGCUCAAUUUGUCAGUAUUUGUGGUGACACCUGAUGAAGAUGAUAAUUCCUAAAAAAUGUUGAUGAAUUGAUGAUAGCUGAUGAUGACUGAUAUAUUUUGAAAUGCUAUAUAUGCAACAUCUCUCCAUUCUUUAA